UUUUUUUUUUUUUUUGGUUUGACAUUACACACAUUUACAGUCUUAAAUAUUCCCAAUUACUUAGGGAUAAAUAUUGCAACAAUGCAAUGUAGAUUUAAGAUUGGUAUAAUGUUUUGAUUGGCUUGUAUUCUCUAGGUUAUUAGAAAUAUUAAAUUAGUCUGAUAAUAAUGUCGUGCAAAAAUGCUAACGUUAUUUUAGUUGCUGCCAGUUAUAUAAACUGAAACUCAGACAUGCUGCCAGUCAGUUAAAUAUUAGAAAAUGUCUUGCUACUUGUUUGUUGAAUUUAGUCUUUUAUUCCUGUUAUUCAUCGGCUGUGAAGCAGCGCGGAAAUGGGAAUACGAACUCUUAUCUUUGGAAGUCUUCUCUUCGGAUCUUAAGCUAGUAAAACCCGAGGCAAAAGUCGUUCGAAUGGGGCGGUCGGAAAUCGGAUUGUCUGGAUCUCUUGAUUGGAAUUACGAUGCAACCGACGAAACUACGGUGAACGUCGAAGUCAUUGUCUUUCGCAGCAGUUCGGGAGAUAAGAGAGACUACAAAAUGCUCCCUUGGGCGGCUCCCAAACAACCCUAUUACGAUUACCUCAACACCUACUAUAAGGACUUGUUUAUGAAGGAUUUUGCCUCCUGCAGCAAUUUGCCACAGUUUAAGCAUAAAUUUCAACCGCCCUGGCUUAAACAGAAAUAUUACGCAGAAAAAUGCUUGGUCAAUGGGGAUGGGCUACCGGAUUUGAUGCCCCCCGGAUACUACAAACUCAUAUUUAAUUGCACCGGACCGAAUCAGCCCUAUUGGGGCUUUAUUGCUGUCGCAAGACUAAUAGCCAAACUGUUUUAAAUCAAAAAUAAAAGACCUUUUCAUGAGAA